AGAAACCUGUUGAUUGUUAGACGCUCGUUGGAACCAACGAAGAAGAGUAGCUGAAAGGGUUGUUUGAGGCAGAAAGGAUUUGAAACUUUCUUUAAAUCUUCGGAUAAUUACCAAGUUUAAUGUAGAUUAUCUUCAGAGAGAGACUGCUUCGUAAGAGGGAUCUUGUGUUUCUAAUCAUUGGUUCCGCUCGGACUGGCUACAUCAGAAUGAGCUCCUCCUUCCUCUCUCCUUCCCCAUCUCCUCCCCCUGCCCCCUUUCCCCUCCUCUCCUCCUGCUCUCUGGUUCACUGUCCUGAGCUCGACCUGUCCGUCACACUCAGCGCCCCUCCCAAGACCAGCCAGACGCACUUGAAACCUAGCUCACCGAAGAAUGGUCAGCAAAGUGAGCAACCACAGACGAAGCCCCGCCCUCAAGGACAGACAGGAAGACCGGUGUUUUUUAAAGAGCCGCUGGAUGUCAAGGUAACGCUGGAGCUGAGCACAGACGCCCCGACUAAGCACAGGAGGAGCAGAGAAUAUCACCACGCCCCCACACAGUGGGUGGAGUCCACUGGUGCAGCAUCCAAUCAAGAUCCACGCUUUCUCAAUAAGAUGGAGCUAAACAGCACUCUGGCUCUGAAGGCGGAACUUCAGUCACUGCAGCGGGCCGAGUUUAACUCCCAGAAGGCCAUUCAGGAGACACUAAGAAGGUCAGAGAGGACCAAAAACUUGAUCAACACGAAAGCUACUGAAGAGGUGAAUGUCUCUCGCUCUCAGCUUCUUUUUACUUCAUUGGUCGGUGUCGACGUGCAGGAAGAUCAGCUGAUCAGCCAGGUGCUGCAGCAUAGGCUGCCGCUGCCCUGCAAUGGCAACAAGGCAGCAGACGGACCCUCUCUUCUCUUCUUCAUGAACUCUGACCACCUUAGAGAAAAGCCUGUCCCUCUAAACGAGGAGCCGGUCAGCUGCAAGCCCCGCCCAUCUCCAUGUCCCGCCGACUCUGCCUUUGACCUCCACAGACGGGGGAGAUGCUGAAAGGGCCCUGCCAGCUCUGAUCAGCACGAGAUACUCAUGUAACAUUGUGUGUGAGGGCCUUGAUGCCAUUAACUAUAUGUUUUAAUUAUUAAUAUCAACUUAAAUCUGUCUUUAGCCAUUUCUCUAAUUGCUGCCGUUCAGUUCCAGGGAAUGCCUUUUACUUUUGAUGAAGUUUGUGUCUGCUAAUAAAAACACUGAGCUUUCACGACUGUA